AUGGAUUACGUCCCUCCCAUUCACCGGCUGUCUAACGAACUGCUCAAACACAUAUUGGACCAGAUCGAGCCGGAUCCAGAACGGACAGUUCCCAUCGAUGACCGCCGCUUCAUCUCCGUGGAGAGCCUCGAGAUCCCGCCGCCGUCUUCGGACUCGAUCAGAGACAUUGGGAGGUUUAGAGAAACAUGUCGCCGCUUUGCAGAAGUCGGCGCGCCCUUACUCUUCACUCUUGUCAAGGUGAGGUUUUCUGAAGAUGGGCUCGAUAAGCUGGAAACGUUCGCAGGCUGGAGUCAUCUGGCACGGCAUGUCAAAAAGUUCAGCUACCUCAUGCCCUACUUCUACUCCAAUGAGGAGGACCUGCGCGCUGUUGUGUCCCGGAACGGAACAAUCAGAGCGAACGUGACCAGCCUACAGCGCAAGGCAAGUGAGCAGCAGAAGAUCAUUCGCUCCGGAGACGACGUGCGCAUCCUGAAGAAGGCUUUCAGCAGUUUCAAGACACUACAGUUCGUCAAGUUACUACCUGUGGCGGAAGAAGAGGAUCGACGGUUUCGGGAGUAUGUGCAAAUCCACGGCAGUGUCAGGGACUUCAUCAACCACUACUGGGCUCCUGCGAUUAUUCAUGGUUCAAGAACGAUCGGAGCCGCAUUGCUGGCAGCUGAUGCCCCUUGGUCUCGCCUAUAUCUGCCAGUGGAAAGUGUGGAGAGCGUCGAGUUUCUUGCACUUCGGACACAGCCGACUUUGUCCAUAUUGGCCGCUCGUUUGACGUGCCUCACCCUGGUUUUCGACGAAGGCAAUGAUUUAGGGGAGGACAUGACUGAGCUUUCCGAACUGUUCAAGACGGUUUUCACCAGCGCGAAGAAUAUGCAGGCAGUGCACAUUGGCUUUCCAAGAAGUCGGCCUGUAAGCCUGCCGCUUGAAGCUGUGUUCCAUAACGUAACAUGGGACAAGCUCGUCGCACUCGGAGUCGCAGGCUGGGACCUAACGGCCGAAGAGAUCAUCAACCUCGCACUUCGCCACCGCGAGAAGCUAAAAGGUCUUCGGCUGAGGGACGUGCACUUGAAAGAGGGCGGGAUGUGGAAAGACGUACUCCGAAGUCUCAAGCAUUCUAUGCCGCGCCUGCAAUGGGUCAGCCUAAGGCGGAUAGGCUACGUGCCGCAGUUUGAAGAAUCAGAUCCAGGAGGCGCCGAGGUUCCGGAGGACCAACCUUGGGCCCUGAGCGACAGCGACAGCGAAUCUGAGGAUGAUGAAGACAGCACGAUUGCGGGACCGAGCGAGCAAGGCCAUUAUACGAAUGGGUACCAUACCAACUCAAACAGCUUCACGACAAGCAAUGGGCAUGUCCAUGACCACGACCACGACGACAUCGAUUCAGCGGUUGGUACGGACGACGAGCACGAACCCGAAGACAACGCUACAGAAUUUCCCAACCUCGACUCGCCUACCAGUGCAACCGCACCACUCUUCGCCUACGAAAUGGCUCACAACCCCGACCUGCCGAAUGGGGACAUCGACGACGACGGGUUCUCCGUCAGCAACGCCAAACGGAAGCUGUGGGAGCAGUGGGUCGUCGGUCAGACUUCCAGGCACGUUGCGCGGUGA